GCCGUCGUCUUCUUCCCUUGUCCUUCUAUCUCUUCUAUUUACUACUCUUUCUCUAAUUUCUCGUUCCUGUUUGAUUUUCACUGAAUUGUUGCCGGUGAUGUUUAGAGAAUUGUCCGUACCAUCUGAGUUUUCCUUGAUGAGCUCAAUCUCUACAGUCUGAGGCAACAAUCAAAAAAAAAACAGGCAAUAAAUUAGAGUCUCUGAUGCGCUUUUCCUCAAUAGCGUUUUCAGCGCUGUACGUUGCCAAUACCGAUCUCUUUGGGAUUGAGAUUCUGGCACUCGGUGUUUUUGCUGUUGUGCAUUCAGAUGUCCCUACAAUUUUGAUUAUGAAAUUUAGUUGAAUGAUGUGGAUGGAUAUGAUGAUUAUUUCCCCAGAUGAUCGAAGCUGAACAUAAUGCGCGAUUUUCUCUAACUCUGUUGGAGAUCCAAGCCAGAUUGCUGAUCCAUCUUCAUCUAAAUCAAUCAACCCCAAUCCAGUUUGAUUUAGUUUUAUAUUUUUCUUGAUUUUGUGAGCUCUGGAAGUUAGGGUUUUGUUUUAAAGGUUUCUUCUUUUUAACGGGAAAAUGCUUCACUAUCUGGUCAGUGUGGAUAUUUCAGUUCCCAUGUGACUCGUUCCCUUGAAGCAAGAUUCAUUGUGUUGCUUUUUUAUAAUCUCUCCCUAAAACCCUCUUUUCUUGUUUUUGGGAGAACACUUGGGCAACUAGAUUUCAAAUCAAUACUUAAAAUCUUAUUGAUGGGAGUGAAGAUGAGAACGGUGAUGAGUCAAACAGACCUGUAAUGAAUUGCGGUGAUGAUCGCAAACAUUAUGAACAUCUAAGGGACUGAGUUCUGUAUAUCAUUUCUCCCAUUUCCCCCCUUUGUUUUCCAUUGUUUUAAUCAGUAAUUCACGAUUCAAAGGCUUCACAUUUUUUAAACUUGAAGUGAUUGUAUUAUGAUUUUUGAGUCACGUUGAAGCCAAAAUCCAUUUUUCCCCUCGCUAUCCAUUGCUUCAAUCAUGUAGUAUUCGGACGUCGGGGAAAUACAUUAUCUUCACGCACUCUUAAUCGUCUGGGAAUAUUAUCGCUCUGGAAAUUGAAAGCUUCAAUUCAUUACCUUUUAGAUUAAUAAUAAACAAAGUACUUCACUUGGUCAGGAAAGGUGAGGUCUUUAGUUAUUAUUGAUUCAAAAAUGUAAUGGAAAGAAUUCCAAUUGGCACGGCCUGAUGUAUUUUCCUUCAUCAGCAACUGUGA